CCGACGGCAAACGCCUCAGGUUCAUCAACUGCAGUAAAAACGGUUCAGUUAUAAAUUGAAAGUUGAAACUUAAGCUGCUUCGGAGUGCCAUGCAGCUAAUGAUUCACCGACUUGUCGUUAAUGUCGUUCAGUAAAACACCAAUUUAGUAUUUCACACAAAAAAAAAAACAUAUUAAUAUCAUUAAUUUCUUCUUUUUUUUAACAUUCAAUGAAUCUCAUUUUGUAACGAUCUACCUACCAGUAGCCAUCAAGUAGCAUAUAUUUUUCCUUUACUAGAAGUAGAAACCGAAAUCGUAUUGUUUUUAAUUUAACCGUCAAUAAUGUAUUCCGCGUUAUUUAAGUUAUCGUGUGCAAUUGUUUUUAUAUUGUCUACCGUCGACGCCAAGUCCAUUCGCGAAGUUGGUUUACACGACGACUUCCUCGAUAACAAAUACUACAGCGUUGCCGAAAUAGAAUAUCUAUUCAACAGGAUAGAGAGGCAGUAUCCAAACUUAGCGCGUGUCAAAGAAAUUGGAACUUCGACGUUGGGUAAAAAAAUAUUAGCGUUGGAAAUCACAUCAAAUGUUGGCCCAAAGAGAGCGCUAUUAAAACCGAUGUUCAAGUACAUUGCAAACAUGCACGGCGAUGAAACUGUUGGUUUGCAGUUGCUAUUGUAUUUAGCUCAGUAUUUGACAUCUUCCUACGGCCAAGACCAUCGCGUUACCGCAAUUGUCGACAAAACUGACAUUUACUUGAUGCCUACACUUAAUCCUGACGGUUAUUCUGUUUCGCACCAAGGCGAUUGUUAUUCACAAAAGAAUUAUGUCGGACGACACAAUGCGAAAGGAGUCGAUUUAAAUAGAAAUUUCCCACAAGUAGACAACAAAUACUUUGACAUGCAACAACCAGAAACCAAAGCCGUCAUGAAUUGGAUUCUUCAUAACCCGUUUGUAUUGUCAGCAAAUUUCCACGGCGGUGCGGUGGUUGCUAGUUAUCCAUACGACAAGUACUAUAACAAUUUGUCACAGGAAGGUAAGACGCCUGACGACGCUAUAUUCCGAUACCUUUCUCAUACCUACGCUGCCAAAAAUCCUAUAAUGGCCAACGGAUCAGCGUGCCAAGAAGAGCAUUUCGAAAACGGAAUCACUAACGGAGCAAAGUGGUACGAACUCGAAGGCGGUAUGCAAGACUUCAACUACUUGUACUCCAAUUGUUUCGAGAUUACUAUUGAACUUUCUUGUUGUAAAUACCCACCGUCAUCCGUGUUGGCUACGGAAUGGGAAAAUAACCGCGAGUCAAUGUUGUCGUAUUUGGAAAACGUUCAUAUGGGCAUCAAAGGUUUGGUUCAAGACGAGAACAAUAAUCCAAUCCCAGGCGCGACCAUUACGGUUUCCGGAAUCAAUCAUUCCGUCAAGACCACAGAACGAGGAGAAUAUUGGCGACUUUUGUUACCUGGCACAUACACAGUCACAGCCAGCGCACCUGGUUACGGACCAUCAAUUCGUUACAACGUCACAGUUAAAAAUGAAAAUGCUUCCAAUUCAUCUGUCAACUUUGUGCUGCAGACGUUAAAAACAUCAUCAGCCGUUGAUCUGAGUGUGGUAGAAACGAAAAUCGGACAGAGAGACAGUGACGGUUUCCCCAUUCCCGUAGGAUUCGCACAUCAUAAUUAUGAUAAACUCGUUGCCAAGUUAAAUUUAAUCAAUGUCAACUACCCGAACAUAACCAGACUGUACAGUGUGGGCGAGAGCGUGCAAGGAAGACGUCUGUACGUACUCGAAGUGUCCAUAAAACCCGGCAAACACCAACCUGGUAAACCGGAGUUCAAGUAUGUGGCAAACAUGCACGGCAACGAAGCCGUCGGUCGAGAGAUGAUACUGUUGUUGGCCGAGUACUUAUGUCAGAACUACGGUUUCGAUGAACGAGUCACCGAUCUGGUGGACAAAACGCGGAUACACCUGAUGCCAACGAUGAAUCCCGACGGUUACGAGGUGUCCAACGAAGGAGUGGAUGACGUAAACGACAUGAAGGGCAGAAGUAACGCGAACGGCGUGGACUUGAACAGGAAUUUCCCGGACGUCCGUCAUCCCGAAUACAUAGUUGCCCAAGAACCCGAGACCAUCGCCGUCAUCAAUUGGCUGCAAACCGUCCCGUUCGUCUUGAGCGCCAACCUGCACGGCGGCGCCUUGGUAGCCAACUACCCUUACGACAGCGCUCCGACAUCGGGUAACGCUAUCCGACCUUCGUACACGCCGGACAACGAGGUUUUCGUUUUGUUGGCGAAAACCUACUCGAUGGCCCACCCGCAAAUGCACGGCAACGACAAAUGCAAGAACGACACGAAACCGUUCAAGGACGGCAUCGUCAACGGCGCUUCGUGGUACAGCGUGGUCGGCGGCAUGCAGGACUUCAACUAUAUGACCACGAAUUGUUUCGAACUCACCUUGGAACUGGGAUGUACGAAAUUCCCGUUUGCCCGGGACCUGAGGAGUUACUGGACGGCCAACCGGGAGCCCCUGAUCGCCUUCGCGGAACAGGUGCACCGGGGAGUCAAAGGGUUCGUGCUCAAUGAAAAGGGCGAAGGCGUGCCGAACGCGGAGAUCUCGGUGGCCGGCAUAGACCACAACGUCAGGACGGCCACCGAUGGCGAUUACUGGCGAUUGCUGACGGCGGGCAACUACGAUAUUUCCGUGACCGCUUACGGUUUCAAGAGACAGACCCGGUCGGUUUACGUUGCCAACACCACGACUCCGGCGUGGUUGAAUUUCACGCUGGCCAAAGAAAACCUGGCAGUCUGGUCCAGAACCAACGACUUCAAUUUGGACAGUAACGUGGAAAAAAUGGAAUCGUACAAGAACAAGGAAUUGUUUUUGAGCGAAUUCGCCGAUUUAGAGAACAGAGUGUCGUCGGUGGCCCAGUUAGUCGUGAAACCAAAUUCGGAGAGCACCGAGGACUCUGUUGUUCAAUUUAAAGUCACCAAAGACGUGGGAUCGCCCGACGAACAUAAAUUCAAGGUGGCCAUUUUGGGUGGUCUGUACGUCAACGAGCCGGCCACUCGUGAAAUCCUUUUGAACCUGGCCAGGCACUACGUCGAGGGUUAUCGCAAAGGAAACGUGGCCGUGGUAACGUUGUUGUCCAACGUAGUAUUGUACUUCAUACCGUAUUUCGAGCGGCAAGAGAGCUACGAAAAGAAAUGUCUGACCGACGACCGAGAUGCUGUUACCGGACCAAGAUUGAUCGCUACCAACCGUCCGAGCGAGCAGAAGACCACGGACAGCCUCUGGAAAAUGCUGCAGCGGCAACAGUUUGACAUGAUGUUCAGUUUGGAAGGCGGAGCCAUGUCGAUAAACGGUCCGACGACGCAUCCUAGAAACACAAUAUCAUCGUUAUUUAGAGAAUACGAAUUGCUGUACUACAACAGUCAUUUGAAAAGUAGUUGUGGUGAACCGCUCGAUCAAAAAAUUAACGACAUCAAACAAAACGUUUUGGAUACAUUCAACAAUGUGCUGAAAAUUAAAACGAUGGCAUUGCGUUUGACGUGCUGCAAUUACAUCGAACCGUCGGCAGUGGCGUUUGUUUGGAUGGAAAAUUUGCACAUGCUCGAAUCGGUCAUAGCCGAAAGUUAUCAGGGCGUUCGUGGUUCGGUGUUGGACUCGUCAGGAAAACCUGUGCGGACGGCCGUUAUUACGUUCGAUCAGUUUGCCGAUAUUUAUCAAGUAACCCCCAAUUCUGCAGUGUAUAAAGCAAAUUUGCCGAUUGGCCGACAUAAAGUUCACGUCAAAGCGACAGGUUACGAAACAAAAAGCGUUUGGGUUAGUGUGUACAAUGGCAACAUUACCGAUCUCAAUAUAAUCAUGUUCAACGGUCGAGGUUAUGCACAAGUUCAACGAUUCGGCAACAAAAUCAAAGGCUUUGUUUUGGAUCUAAUGAAUUCUCCGAUUAAAGACGCUACCUUGACCGAUGAAUCGACCACGACAGUUACACGAACAGGCAGAGACGGCUCUUACGAGCUACCCAUAAAAGACGGAAAAACUACAAUAUUGAUCGAGGCUAAAGGAUAUUAUUCGUCGACAAAGUUGGUGACGAUUAGAGAUUCGCAAGUCCAGACGGUAAUAUUCAAAUUGAUGAAGGACGAAAGGGUGUUGAAUAUGCCUAGGAUUAUGUUCAUAGUUCUUACUGUUUUUAUAUGUUCGAUUCUUGGCGUCAGUUGGUAUCAUUGUUAUCUCCGUUGGCAGUCUGGAAGGCCGUCUUCGUUUGCCUAUAGAAAUGGCUUUGCUUUGUUGCCACAAAAACCGUAUCUUUUCGACGACGACGAUGAAGUGGAACUCUUUCGCAAUCCAAUUACUAAAGAUUCUUUGACCAGGCCAUAUCACGACAAUUCAGACGUAAGCUACGAUGACAGUUCGGAUGAAUCAAAUCGCGUCCAGUAAUUUCAACUAAAUGUUACUAUGUUUUUUUAGUUAAGGUUAUUUUUUUUUCUUUUUGUAAAUAUUAACAACUACUACUUAUUGUUGUGAUUUGAGGGACCAACUCGUGUUAUCGUGAUUUGAAACUAAUAGGUUUACGUUUUUUUAACGUUUGUGUAAAUAGCGCGGCGUGCAAUCUUUGUUUGUUGUGUACUUAAAAUUAGUUAUAACGUUCAAAUUUUAUAAUUAACAAUAUUUGACAAACCGUCGGUCCAUUUAUGUGAUAUUUAGAUUAAAUUUUAAGAACUAGUGUUAUAUUAAUAAUUGUCAUUAACAUACAACUACUAUUGUCAUAACUCAUCUAAUGUGUAUUGGCGAACACGUAAAUUAACUGUU